GUUCCCCACUCUCUAGCUCCCACUUUUCCAUUACUCUUAACAAAGAGAGAAGAGCAAAAAUGGCUACACUUUCAUGCUUCCUUAUUCUUUUUGCUUUUUCUCUUCUGACACCCCAUUUUGUUUCUUCCUCAGCAGUUCGAGACCCUGAAUUGGUUGUGCAAGAGGUACAAAGAAGCAUCAAUGCCUCUAGGAGGAACUUGGGUUAUUUAUCAUGUGGAACAGGCAACCCCAUUGACGAUUGCUGGCGCUGUGACCCUAAUUGGGAGAACAACCGUCAAAGGCUAGCCGACUGCGCCAUAGGGUUCGGCAAGGACGCCAUCGGAGGGAAGCACGGUCGAAUUUACGUCGUCACCGAUUCUGGUGACGACGAUGCUGUAAACCCUAAACCCGGAACCCUAAGAUACGGAGCCAUACAAGACGAGCCACUUUGGAUAAUCUUCAAGAGGGACAUGGUGAUAACCCUAAAAGAAGAGCUUCUAGUGAACUCCUUCAAGACAAUAGAUGGAAGGGGUGCAAGUGUCCACAUUGCUGGUGGGGGAUGCAUCACCAUACACUAUGUGAGCAACAUCAUCGUGCAUGGCAUCCACAUUCAUGAUUGCAAGCCCACGGGGAACACCAACAUUAGAGACUCGCCACAUCACUCGGGGUUUUGGACUGUUUCCGAUGGUGAUGGUGUGUCCAUCUUUAAUUCCAAGCAUGUGUGGGUUGAUCAUUGCUCCUUGUCUAAUUGUCGUGAUGGGCUCAUUGAUGCCAUACAUGGAUCCACGGCUAUCACCAUAUCUAAUAACUACAUGACCCAUCAUGACAAGGUUAUGCUUUUGGGACACAGUGAUUCGUACACACAAGAUAAGGACAUGCAGGUCACUAUUGCCUUCAAUCAUUUUGGAGAAGGGCUUGUACAAAGAAUGCCCAGGUGUAGACAUGGCUAUUUCCAUGUUGUGAACAACGACUACACACACUGGGAAAUGUAUGCAAUUGGUGGGAGUGCCAACCCUACCAUCAACAGCCAAGGGAACAGGUUCCUUGCACCUAACAACAGGUUCAGCAAGGAGGUGACCAAGCAUGAGGAUGCUCCACAGAGUGAGUGGAUAGGGUGGAAUUGGAGAUCAGAGGGUGACAUGUUCUUGAAUGGAGCAUACUUCAGGCAAUCUGGUGCUGGUGCUUCUUCCAGCUAUGCUAGGGCUUCAAGUCUCAGUGCAAGACCAUCUUCUCUUGUUGGAUCCAUGACCACCACUGCUGGUGCACUUACAUGUAGAAAGGGCACUCGUUGCUGAUCAUGAUCUCACUUUGAUUAUUAGCAAAGAAAUGAAAUGUAACUGCAGGGAGCAAAGAGAAAUUAAUAUGUAUAAUUUAUAUGUAUUAAUUUAACCUUAUGCUUAAUUUGCUUCACUUGCGGUUACCUAAUAUAUUAUUAAUAGCAAUUAAGUUUAUACCCAGUUGUUUAUUUA